GCCGACACAACUGUAAGGAUCAGCUGUGCUGUAAAAGCAACCACAAUAAAAAUAUUGUGUGGUGUGGAAAGUGUCAUACAACAGCUGCAAAAAGUUAAUGCAAAGAAAUUACGAAAGUGCAAUAAAAUAAGACUUUAAAGUGUUCGCAUAAUUACCUGGCACAAUAAACAAAAACAAGCAACAUGGCUAAAUCAAGGCAAUUUCUUAAUAUACUGGGGCUUAUGCUGCUGCUCUAUUUGAAUAAAGCCACAGCUAACACAAAAAAGCCAAAUAUAAUUAUAAUAUUAAUAGAUGAUAUGGGCAUCAAUGACGUUAGUUUUCAUGGCUCCAAUCAAAUCGUAACACCAAACAUAGACGCUUUGGCCUAUAACGGCAUUAUUCUCAACAAAUACUAUGUGCCCAAUCUAUGCACGCCGUCCAGAGCAACACUACUCACUGGCAAAUAUCCCAUACACACAGGCAUGCAGCACUUUGUGGCUGUGCCUGAUGAGCCCUGGGGCCUGCCUCUAACUGAACGCCUCAUGCCACAAUUCUUUCGUGAAGCAGGCUAUGCCACACAUUUGAUAGGCAAAUGGCACUUGGGCUUUUGGCGCAAGGAUCAAACGCCCACCAUGCGCGGCUUUGAUCAUCACUAUGGCUACUAUAAUGGCUAUAUAGACUAUUACGAUCACACUCAUAAUAUGCUAUAUAAAAACUACACAGUGGGCGUAGAUUUUCGACAGGAUUUGCAGCGCUGGCCCAAGGACAAUGGGACUUAUGCCACGGAAGCUUUUACAUCGCAGGCACGUCAUAUCAUAGAGCAACAUGAUCAAAGUCGUCCUUUGUUUAUGGUGCUCAGUCAUCUAGCAGUGCACACAGGCAAUGAGGAUAAGCCCAUGCAGGCGCCGCCAGAGGAAGUGGCCAAGUUUGCGCACAUAAGCGAUCCAAAGCGACGCAUCUAUGCGGGCAUGGUGUCUAGUCUGGACAAGAGCGUGGGUCAGACCAUCAGCGCAUUGGCGGACAAGGGCAUGCUAGAGCAUAGCAUAGUGCUGCUAUAUUCGGACAAUGGUGCUCCUACGCUGGGCAUACACUCCAAUUCGGGAUCCAACUAUCCGUAUCGUGGCCAAAAGGAAUCACCCUGGGAGGGCGGCAUACGCUCAGCAGGCGCCAUCUGGAGUCCUUUGCUGCAGCAGCAGCGCUAUGUGUCCAAUCAGCCUAUACAUGCCAUUGACUGGCUACCCACGCUGAGUGCAGCGGCGGGAAUCUCGCUGCCCGCUGAGCUGCAACUGGAUGGCGUUAAUGUUUGGGAUGUGCUAAGUGGCAACUUGGAGCCGCAAUCUAGGCGGCUGCUACAUGUUUUAGAUGAUGUUUUUGGCUAUGCUUCCUAUAUGCGCGAUAAUCUCAAGUAUGUAAAUGGCAGUCGCUUUGAGGGUCGCUUUGAUAACUGGCUGGGUGAGCUGCCUGAGCAUGAAACUGAUCCGCAAAGUGAGUUUUAUGCGCAGCUCGUGCUUGCCUCUGAAGUGAACCAGCAACUAGGCUCCAAAGCACUCAAUGAGAAGCACAUACAGCUGCUACGUGCUGCAGCUACUCAACGUUGUCCCAACAAUGCAGAGAACAAGACGCAAACGGCUUAUCAGUGCAAUCCACUCCUGGCAGCCUGUUACUUCAAUCUGGCCAAAGAUCCCUGUGAGCAUUACAAUCUAGCCGAAGUAUAUCCAUUGCAGCUGCAACUGCUGGCACAGGAGGUGGAUGAGUAUCGGCGUGGCGCUAAAUCAAGCGCACGUGUCCCCCGAGCCGAUGAUCGUGCCAAUCCCGCAUUGCAUGGCGGCCACUGGGAAUGGUGGAAUGAAACAGCGCCCACUUCAAGUGGCGCUCAACCCUCGAAAUCAAAUAUCUUUAGCUGGUCUUGGCAAUGUGUAAAAACUCUUGUACAAACUUAUUUUUAAAUAUAAAUUAGUGU